AUGUUUUUCCCCUGUGCAUGUAAAGGAGAGGAGGAUGUGGGAGAGGGGGAAGAGGGGGAGAGGAGGGGGGUGGGGGGGAGUGGGGAGAGGGAUGGGCCGGACGGAGGGUAUGGAGCAAAGAACGGAGAGAAUGAGACGAAAAAUAAAAACAGCGGCGAUGGGGGUUUCUCCUGCUUGUCCAUCAGUGAAGGAGCAGACGGCCAGCAGGGGUUGGGUUCCAGCAGGGUUUGGGUUCCAGCAGGGGUUGGGUUCCAGCAGGGGUUGGGUUCCAGCAGGUUUGGGUUCCAGCAGGGUUUGAGUUCCAGCAGGUUUGGGUUCCAGCAGGGGUUGGGUUCCAGCAGGGUUUGGGUUCCAGCAGCAGGUUUGGGUUCCAGCAGGUUUGGGUUCCAGCAGGGUUUGAGUUUCAGCAGGGGUUGGGUUCCAGCAGGGGUUGGGUUCCAGCAGGGUUUGGGUUCCAGCAGGUUUGGGUUCCAGCAGGGGUUGGGUUCCAGCAGGUUUGGGUUCCAGCAGGGUUUGGGUUCCAGCAGGGUUUGGGUUUCAGCAGGGUUUGGGUUUCAGCAGGGAUUGGGUUCCAGCAGGGGUUGGGUUCCAGCAGGGUUUGGGUUCCAGCAGGUUUGGGUUCCAGCAGGGUUUGGGUUCCAGCAGGGGUUGGUUUCAGCAGGUUUGGGUUCCAGCAGGGUUUGGGUUCCAGCAGGGUUUGGGUUUCAGCAGGGGUUGGGUUCCAGCAGGGGUUGGGAGAGGGAUGGGCCGGACGGAGGGUAUGGAGCAAAGAACAGAGAGAAUGAGACGAAAAAUAAAAACAGCGGCGAUGGGGGUUUCUCCUGCUUGUCCAUCAGUGAAGGAGCAGACGGCAGGGGUUGGGUUCCAGCAGGGGUUUGGGUUCCAGCAGGGUUUGGGUUCCAGCAGGUUUGGGUUCCAACAGGGUUUGGGUUUCAGCAGGGGUUGGGUUCCAGCAGGGGUUGGGUUCCAGCAGGUUUGGGUUCCAGCAAGGGUUGGGUUCCAGCAGGGUUUAGGUUCCAGCAGGGUUUGGGUUUCAGCAGGGGUUGGGUUCCAGCAGGGGUUGGGUUCCAGCAGGGUUUAGGUUCCAGCAGGUUUGGGUUCCAGCAGGGUUUGGGUUUCAGCAGGUUUGGGUUCCAGCAGGUUUGGGUUCCAGCAGGGUUUGAGUUUCAGCAGGGGUUGGGUUCCAGCAGGGGUUGGGUUCCAGCAGAGUUUGAGUUCCAGCAGGUUUGGGUUCCAGCAGGGGUUGGGUUCCAGCAGGGGUUGGGUUCCAGCAGGGGUUGGGUUCCAGCAGGGGUUGGGUUCCAGCAGGUUUGGGUUCCAGCAGGGUUUGAGUUCCAGCAGGUUUGGGUUCCAGCAGGGGUUGGGUUCCAGCAGGGUUUGGGUUCCAGCAGGUUUGGGUUCCAGCAAGGCAGGGGUUGGGUUCCAGCAGGGGUUGGGUUCCAGCAGGGUUUAGGUUCCAGCAGGUUUGGGUUCCAGCAGGUUUGGGUUCCAGCAGGGUUUGAGUUUCAGCAGGGGUUGGGUUCCAGCAGGGGUUGGGUUCCAGCAGGGGUUGGGUUCCAGCAGGGUUUUGGGUUCCAGCAGGUUUGGGUUCCAGCAGGGGUUGGGUUCCAGCAGGUUUGGGUUCCAGCAGGGUUUGGGUUCCAGCAGGGUUUGGGUUUCAGCAGGGUUUGGGUUUCAGCAGGGAUUGGGUUCCAGCAGGGGUUGGGUUCCAGCAGGGUUUGGGUUCCAGCAGGUUUGGGUUCCAGCAGGGUUUGGGUUCCAGCAGGGGUUGGUUUCAGCAGGUUUGGGUUCCAGCAGGGUUUGGGUUCCAGCAGGGUUUGGGUUUCAGCAGGGGUUGGGUUCCAGCAGGGGUUGGGAGAGGGAUGGGCCGGACGGAGGGUAUGGAGCAAAGAACAGAGAGAAUGA